AUGCUCCGGGGCUUGGUUGCACAGCCAAUCGAGAACAACUGUGACAGCUGCCCAUCACAGGUCGGCGAUGGCCUUUUCGUGGGCAACAAGAAGCAUGCAACCGAUGUGCGUACUCUUGUGAGUCUGGGCGUCACAGGUGCCUUGAAUUGUGCACCAACUGGCAUCAGCUCCUUGAACUUGGACGUGUACACAGAAAAUGGUAUUUCCUAUGGCUUCACCAAUGUUAGCCAGGACAACUACGGUUACCCAAUUCUCCAUGAUCGUAGCGGAGUUCGCUCGGAGCACCUCGACACUGCGAAGACCUUCUACGACCGCAUCCGCCAAACAGGCGGCAAUGUGUUCUUCUUCUGCGUGGCUGGGCAAAACCGCUCUGCUACAUUGGCCAUUGCCGUCCAGAUUCUUCAUGGAAAACACUUGGAAGAUGUGCUUCGAAAUUGC